CUCUCUAAUUCACAGAACAAUCAAUACAGGAGUGAAUAAUGCUAACAUUUAGAUCUCUCUUGGAUUGCGAAGGUUUCUGUUCCUGAUUUUAAAGCAAUGCCUUGGCACCAGAACAAAACACCACUCAUCAACUCCCUGGGGCUACAGAAUUUUUAGUGUCUUGGUGCUUUGCGUCUGACUUCACACACACUGUGAGCUUUUAUGGGCCUGGAUUACAAGUGAGCCUGUUCCUUGGUCAGAGCAGGUUCAGGGGUGCAAGACAGCGCUGUUGUGCGCGCCGAUCUUCUCUUCCAUUCAGCAAAGAACAAAGGCAGGAGAGAACACUCCUGCAGCAAAGUGAGGAGGAACUUGCUAAGAAAAGGCAAGCGGAUUGCUGAUGCACGUCUAAGUCACAGUCUGAAGAGAAGAACUGAAGACCAUUCUUUACCAAACACCAGGAGAGAUGUCUCGCCCUGCACACAAAAGGCCAGAAUCUCACAAAAUAAACAAAGACCUUUUUGUACUCACCUAUGGAGCUCUGGUUGCUCAGCUAUGCAAGGAUUAUGAAAAAGAUGAAGAUGUAAACAAAUACUUGGAUAAAAUGGGUUAUGGUAUUGGAACACGGCUGGUGGAAGAUUUUUUGGCUCGGUCCUGUGUGAGAAGAUGCCAUAGUUAUUCGGAAAUUAUCGACAUAAUCGCCCAGGUUGCCUUCAAGAUGUACUUGGGAAUUACACCAAGGGUGACCUGUCACAAUUCAAGCAAAACAAAGUUUUCCCUGAUCCUAGACAAGAACCCUCUGGCAGAGUUCGUGGAAGAGCUCCCUGCUGGCCGAUCUGCACUGUGUUACUGCAACUUACUCUGUGGCAUCAUCAGAGGAGCCCUGGAGAUGGUUCAUUUGGCGGCUGAUGUUACAUUCUUGCAAGACAGACUAAAAGGCGACAGUGUGACAGAAAUCGGAAUAACAUUUCUGAAAAAGCUGGACGAGAAAAAAUAUAGACGGAAAAAAUGAAAAAUAGCAUGCAGAGUGCCAUGGGCAGUUAGCUAAAUUCAUAGCCACAGAAAUGUUGCAUGGCCUGAUGGCCUGGGCUUUGGCAGACUUAAAAGCCUUACUUGUGUACCACAUAUUUUCAGGAUUCCAGAUACAAAUAACUUCUUACAAAACAGUAAGCAUGAAUUCCACCACACAUUACUCAAUCCGUCUUCAGCCGGUCUAUCUAUUAACUACCUGUAGC